AUGGCUUCGCAAGCUCCCAACCAGCCGCGUCCAUACCCCGGCAACAACUACCUCCCCAAUGGCGCCGCGCCCUCAGGCCCCGUGCCUGGAGCAGUUCCGCUGCUCCCCAACCAGGGCCGUGUGAUACAGCAAGGCAGCGCUAGAGUUCUGUGUGUGGCAGACGUGCGAGGCAACCUUCAGUCGCUCAACCAGCUCGCUGCAGACGCGCGGGCAAACUACAUCAUCCACACUGGUGACUUCGGUUUCUAUGACGACAAGUCGCUCGAUCGCAUUGCCGAGAAGACGCUGAAGCACGUGGCUCAGUACUCACCCCUCCUAAGCGAUGCCGUCAAGCGCUCCAUCGCCUCCGCACCACCCCAACCCUCGAUCAAAGAGCGCUUCCAGCGGGAACACCUUCCGCUUUCAGAGCUGCCUCUUUUCCUCAACAAGCAAUACACACUGAAUGUGCCUGUAUACACGGUAUGGGGAGCCUGCGAGGAUGUCCAGGUGCUGGAGAAGCUGCGGUCCGGCGAGUACAAGGUCGACAAUCUUCACAUCAUAGAUGAGGCACAUUCGCGAUUGCUCGAUGUGGGCGGUGUCAAGCUCCGUCUGCUCGGGCUCGGUGGCGCUGUGGUCAUGCACAAGCUGUUCGACAACGGAGAAGGCAGGACGACUAUUGCGGGUGGACAAGGAACCAUGUGGACAACUUUGCUGCAGAUGGGCGAGCUAGUGGACACGGCGAACCGCGUUUACGACCCGACCGAGACCCGCAUAUUCGUCACGCAUGCCUCGCCAGCCCGUGAAGGACUACUGAAUCAGCUCUCCGUGACACUCAAAGCCGACUUCUCGAUAUCCGCUGGUUUGCACUUCCGGUACGGCAGCUCUUACAACGAGUUCAGUGUCAAUCCCACCCUCGACCACUACCGUGGCAAGCUCGCCGCCUCAAAGACUUCUUUCAACGAUGUAUGGGACACGGUCAAGUCGGAGGUCGAGCCCGCAGUUGCCGACAGCGAAGCUCAACAGCGUCUGCUGCAACUGGCUCUUGACAUCGUUGGCAAGAUGCCCACUGUCGCCAACGGUGGCAACCCCUUCGGUGGCCCGGCCCCUGGUCCCCAGAGCGGUGUCAUUGACGAGAGCGCAUUCAAGAACAUGUGGAACUUCAAUCUCGCGGACGCUGCCUAUGGAUGGUUGGUUCUGGACGUUGAUAACGGCCGCAUUGGAACAGAGAUGAGGGCGCAGGGUUUCAACUUUGCCCAUCGUGGUACCAAGCCAGUUCCGCAGGCACAAGGUGGCCAAGUCGCCGCUGCUGCACCGUCUACUGCCACCGCUCCCGCCGCUGCUCCCAGCCCUGCACCCCCGGCCCAGGCGCGUACGUCUGCCCCUCCAUCCGCCCCUCAAGCUCGCCAGGGCGCGACUCCGCCUGUCCCGCAACAGCAGCAGAACAUCAAACCUGCUCAGCCCGCUCGAACUGGUCCCUCUCCCGCAGCUGUGACACCUAAGGAGCCCAUCAAGCCCGCUACACCACAGCCGAGCGGCUCCAACGCACCUGCAAAUGCCGCCGCUGAGAAGGCCAUUCCCAGCGAGGUGAAGCCAAACGGAACCGCUGCUCCGGAGAAGACCGCGUCCCCGGCCCCUAGGGAACCUCGUGAGCCGCGUGAGCAGCAAGAACGCAAGGACAGCAAGGCUCUCUUCAUCCAGUAUGUCAAGGAUGAGGACGAGGCCAAGAGCCUACUUGCUGAAGAAGACAAGGCGAAAGUCGAGAAGAUAGAGAAGAUUAAGCACUUCUUUGUCGCACACUUCGCCACCACGCCGGACAUGUUCGGUGCCCUCAACCGCAUCCCUGCCGAUAUCAGGAACAACAAGGGCCCUGACAAGCCGAGUGUCAAGGUCUACCGUGAGCCUACUGGUCAGCGUAACUAUGGUGCCGGUACCUGGCAAGGUAGCAGCCGUGGCGGCGCUCAAGGAGGAUACCGCAGCGGUGGUGGUGCAUCCGACAGCGAGGGAGGCCGUGGAGGCCGUGGUCGCGGCGGUUCUUACCGUGGCGGUGACCGGGGCGACCGCGGUGGUCAACGUGGACGUGGCCGCGGACGGGGUGGUUUCAACAGGGGCGGACAGGGUGAAGGUGCACCAGCAUCAACCGGAGGCGAGUCAUAG